GGGACCUUUAGCGUUCGGCUUCGAGUUUUAUCCGGAAAGUUGUUACUGUGGCACAAUGUGAAACAUCUUAAUCGGUUUGUAUUUAUUUCACAGCCGAAAUAAAGUGUACAUUACAUAAAUAAAUACAAAAAGUAGUGAAGUGAAUCCCCGUCGCCUUCUAAAAGGCGUUGGCGGCAGCCACCGGAGGAUUAACGGCUUCCGCCUUGGCUUUUGAUCCCGGCUCCGUCCAAGCUGGCCGCAGGAGAAGCGACGUCAUGAGGACCUGGGUGCCAAACACCCAGCCGGCAUUGAAGCUUUAGCGAGCCGCUGAGUCCUCGUCCUGCCCGCCCGUGAGGAACCAUGAGCACCUGCAAACGGCUGCUGUCCGACGUGAAGCUGUGGAGCUUCAGGAGGAGCCGGUGGACGAGCCGAACACACGAAGGCAUAGUUGUGCGUGGAAAGGCCCUUCUGUCUACCUGUCCAAAGGUGUGUGUUGUUGGAGGCGGUCCAGCAGGUUUCUACACGGCACAGCACCUCAUUAAGGCUCGUCAGGACGUCCAGGUGGACGUUUACGAGCGGCUGCCCGUCCCGUUCGGCUUGGUCCGGUUCGGCGUGGCGCCUGAUCAUCCGGAGGUGAAGAAUGUCAUCAAUACUUUCACGCAAACAGCCAAACAUUCACGCUGCAGUUUCUAUGGCAACGUCAACGUGGGGAAGGACGUGAGCGUCGCUGAACUGCUGCGGUCCUACCACGCCGUCGUCCUCAGCUACGGUGCAGAGGGGAACCGGAGCGUGGGGGUGCCGGGGGAACACCUGUCGGGGGUGUACUCCGCCAAAGACUUCGUGGGCUGGUACAACGGGCUGCCCAGCUGCAGAGAGCUGGAUCCGGAUCUGAGCUGCGACACCGCGGUGGUUCUGGGACAAGGCAACGUGGCUCUGGACGUGGCCAGAAUCCUCCUGUCUCCCCUCGACAUUCUGAAGAAAACGGACAUCACUCAGCCGGCUCUGGAUGCUCUGGCAGCCAGUCGGGUGCGCAGCGUUUGGAUCGUGGGCAGGAGGGGGCCCAUGCAGGUGGCGUGCACCAUAAAGGAGCUCAGAGAAAUGGUGACUCUUCCGGGCACCAGGCCUGAGAUGACGCCGAGCGACUUUGAAGGAGUCAAAGACGCCCUCAAAGAUCUGCCCCGCCCCCGGAAGCGCCUGACGGAGCUGAUGGUGAAGACCGCCCUGGAGCGUCCCGGAGAGAAGGAGCAGGAGAGGUGGAACAGCGCCUCACGGGUCUGGGGUUUCCGGUUCUUCCGGAGCCCGGUUGAAGUUCUGCCCGACGCCGAAGGCAAGAAAGUGGCCGCCGUUCGUCUGGCGGUCAACAGGCUGGAGGGUUCAGGAGAAGGAGCUCAGGCAGUCCGCUCUGGAGACGUGGAGGACGUUCCGUGUGGUCUGGUCAUCAGCAGCAUUGGCUAUAAGAGCCUUCCCAUCGACGCCGCCGUGCCGUUCGAUUCCCGCAGAGCCAUCGUUCCAAACUCCAUGGGUCGCGUGCAGCAGGUUUUAGGUCUGUACUGUAGCGGUUGGUUGAAAACGGGCCCCACCGGCGUGAUCGCCACCACCAUGAACAACAGCUUCGACACGGCGCGGUCGCUCAUGGAGGACAUGGACUCGGGGAAGCUGGACGUGUCUGCAGAGAAGCCGGGCUCGCUGAGGAUCCGCGCUCUGCUGGAGGAGAAAGGAGUGGAGCCGGUGGUGUUUUCGGACUGGGAGAAGAUUGACAGCUUGGAAGUGAGGAGGGGGGAAGCUUGUGGAAAACCGCGGGAGAAACUGCUGAGCGUGGAGGAAAUGCUGGCUGUGGCCCGAUCCUGAACCUCCAGAGGACAGCAAAGAAUGAUGGGAUGGUGGUCCACAGCCUCAAAGGAAAAGAUCAGCACUUUUUUAGAAACGUCACUCAGUGGAAAUAUCGUAGAUUAUUCUAUUUUUAAUCUCUGGGGAUAAAAGUUUAGGGAAAGGUUGGGCAGCUUUCCUGUAAAUUGACUGAAAUACCUUCAGUUCCUGACAUUUUUGCAGCUUUUACAUCAUUUGAAUGAAAGAAAUAUUAACAAUCAGCAUAAAUCUUUGCUGCUUCUGCAUAGAACAACAGAGAAUUAGAACUGCUGCUGCACUACAACUGUAACUGUACUUGAUCUGUGUGUUGAACUCUGCGUUUUUUACAUCUACAAUUCAGAAUUAUUAAUAAAAUAUGUAUCUUUGCUGAA